CAGCUUCAGAGCUCAGCUAUUGGGUAAUACCAAGAUGACGGCCCGGGGCGAUCUUUAUACACACAGAAAACAGCUGUUUUUUUACUCAAAACAGAGAAAACGGCAAAAAUAACUCAGUGGUUAUAACUGUAUAUGUAUAUUGGUGCGUCAGUUGUUGUUAUUAUCCAGCUAAUAAUUCUGUGAAUUUUGUGAUUUGAGUGAUAUGCAUUACACAGCUGAUCAGAGCUGGAGCUGAGCUUUCUUUAGAGAGUAAAAUGUUAAAUUAUCUGAUUACCUAAGCGCCUUAACUCAUUAAAGGUAUAAACUGGAGACCAGGACACAAUAAAGACCUUUUUAAAACCUCCACCCCACUCAAGUAGAACUGAAUUGGUUAUUUUUUCAAUGAACAGUAUGUGUUGCAUAAUCUACCUAUAUCUGUGUUUCUGACUGUGUAUCUUAUCUGUAUGCAGAUACAAGAGUGGGGUCCUUUUGACCUAGUUAUUGGUGGAAGCCCAUGCAAUGACCUCUCCAUAGUCAAUCCUGCAAGGAAAGGUCUUUAUGAGGGCACCGGGCGCCUGUUCUUUGAGUUUUACAGGCUGCUCCACGAGGCUCGACCGAAGGAGGGGGACGACCGGCCUUUCUUUUGGCUCUUUGAGAACGUCGUCGCUAUGGGUGUCAGCGAUAAGAGGGACAUAUCUCGCUUUUUAGAGUGCAACCCAGUGAUGAUCGAUGCCAAGGAAGUGUCUGCUGCCCACCGUGCCCGCUACUUCUGGGGUAACCUUCCUGGGAUGAACAGGUUGGUGUGCGAAUGGUGAGGGAAGCAGCAGCCUGUGACAUACGCAACAGAAGGA